UUGAACAGAAUUUGGAGUAAGCACUCAGUUUACAAUAAGUUUUCAAGGAAUACAAAGGAAAGUUGUGUUAGUAAUUUAAUUAUUUUUUGGUUUGAAGUUAGACUUUAAAUUGAAAACAAAAUGGGCGUGGGAAUGCAAUGUUUUGCUGCUUUGGCAUGUUCCUUUGGCUCUCUAAUAAUGGGUGCUCUAUACUCCUGGCCCUCAUACACCUUGGACUUGUACACCUCGCCCAACACAACCCUACUAUCAGCUCCUAUGACGGAGCUGGAGAGUUCUUUAGUGGGCAGUCUACCUUCUUUGGGUGCUAUGGUGGGCAGUUCCAUAGCUGGACUUACAAUUAAUACGAUUGGACGGCAGAAAGGAGGUGUGGUGUUGGCUUUGCCUUUUGUGCUAUCCUGGGCCAUUAUAGGGCAGACUUCUUCUUCAAUAGUCGUCUUAGUAGCCAGAUUCAUCAGCGGUAUUGGUGGAGGAGCAUUCCUCGUGUUUGCUCCGAUAUUCAUAUCUGAAAUAGCUGAAGAUUCUAUACGGGGAUUUUUAGCUUCAGGUCCCGUCGCUCUCUACUGCCUGGGCUCCCUGAUUUCGUACAUGUGCGGCUGGUUCCUGUCGUACCGGGCGAUCAUCUGGGCUAACCUGGCCGGCAGUGUGCUCUGUGUCGUGCUCUGCUUUUUGGUCGUCGAGAGCCCAUUGUACUUGCUUCGCCAGAACAGAGAGGAGGAUGCCAGACAAGCCAUAGCCAAAUACAGAGGAGCUACUCCAUCAUCCAAGAUUGUCCUUGAAGAGCUAUCCCGGAUGAAGGCACAGAUCACACCUGCAGUGGAACUGGUGUCAGUCAAACAAGAUGCAAACGAAAAGAACGCAGAAGAAGCAGAGAAAGAGAAACUGCAGCCAGAUAAUGAAAAGACUGUACACGAAGACAUUCCAGAGGAGCCGAAAAUGUCGACGUUGAAAUUGUUGUUCUUAUCGCCAGCAUCGAGAAGAGCUUUUGAAGUAGUAGCGACAGCCUUGAGUUUGCAGGUCUUCAUGGGUAUAGUUCCAGUGAUGGUGUACGCGAAUACCCUCUUCGCCCAGGCUGCUCCAAACCUGUCUUCUAACUUCUGUUCGGUUCUGUUCGCAAUUGUUCUAACCAGUGCGUGCCUCAUUACUGCGGUUAUUGCCGACAGGGCUGGUAGACGGAUCCUAAUCAUCUCCUCGUCCGUGAUGGUGGCAGUAACCAUGGCAACAUUAGGCUUCCUGCUGCAAACCAGCUUCGCUCCUACCUGGAUGUCUGCUGUCGUCAUCCUGCUGUACUGCUUCGCCUUCAACUUCGGAGCUGGCACGGUGCCCUAUGUGCUGUUGUCAGAGGUUUUUGUUCCUGAAGUCCAAGGUCUAGCCUCCAUGCUCCUGAUAGAAUGGAUCUGGUUCCUGAACUUCGUCAUUGUAGCGGUCUUCCCGUUCGCGAGUAAACUCCUGGGAAUCCAUGGAAUGUUCUACGUGUUCGGAGUGGUGGCCGUCGUCAACGCUGUGGUCAGCUACUUGAGGGUACCAGAGACUAAAGGACUCUCCAAUGUUCAGAUACAAGAAGCACUGUUGGGGAAGCGAAAGUAGAUAGAUUAUAAAUUAAUUAGGUCUUAGUUUUAAGUGUAUAAAGAACGAUUUUUGUAUGCAUAAACUGUUAUUGUUUUAAUA